GGGCCUGGAGUCCAGGCCUCUCCAAGAGGAGGAGGAGGAGGCCGCCUCCUGCCCUGCUCUAGCCCCGCGUACGGUGGAGCCUGCGGAGCCGGAACGCUGUUUAGGCACGUGCCUGAGGAAGCUUCUCUUCUCACCUCCCCCCGCCUUUCCCCUUCUAGCAGCUGGUGCCUCCCGCUCUCGGCUUUCCUGCCGCAGAAAGGGAGGAAAGCCUCUGAGAGAAGGGCGAAAAAGCAGCUUCUUUCCCUUCCCUUCCCCAUUGGGCAGCACUGCAGAGGCAGCUCCGUUCCCCACAGAGGAAGAGGCGGGAGAGUAGCGGCGGCGGAGAGCCGGACCAAGGUGAAGGUGCAGAGCUGCAGAAGCUCCGUUGUCGUCGCUCGCUUUUCUAAGGAGUUUCGCGUGCACCUCAGAGUCGUGCUCACCUUCCUGUUUCUUCUCCUGUAAUGGAGCCUGGAGUAGCCGUUGGGCUAGGAGCAGCCGCAGGAACCGCAGCGCUCUUCCUGGCUGGGAACGAACAACAGUGUUACGCCGAGCUUUUCGCGCUUUGUGGCGGCGGCCAAGCUGUGCCCGAGGCGGGAACCGGACCUGCCCCCGUCGCUGGGGGGAGCAAAGUGGCAGAGUUGUUCAGGGCGUCGCAGCUCCCAGCGGAGACGCUUCAUCUGAUUACAGAACUGUGUGGUGCUAAACGCGUUGGUUAUUUUGGUCGUGCUCAGUUUUAUGCUGCUCUGAAGUUAAUUGCUGCUGCACAAUCUGGUCUCCCAGUACGAAUUGAAAGCAUUCAGAAUGAAUUGCCCUUGCCUCGAUUUAUGGCACUGAAAACUGAUAGUGAAGUAAGGUACAGUCAUCCAGCAGAAGUACAUGGAACCAAAUGUCAGAUUUCAUAUGCAACACUUGAAAAAAAUUGCUUCAGAAGACUGGAUGAAGGAGAAAAACAGCAAGAAGCAAAGUCUCCCCCCAUGUCUCCCAUGGGUUCACCCCCUGCUUCUCCAUCAACCUACCAGAGGGUUCCCUUGAGUUAUGGGUAUGGUGUACUGAGAAGUGGACUUGAACAGCAGCAGCAUGGAGGUUCCUAUGAAGGUAAACAUACAACUCUCCAGCAAGAUGGAUCAACUUUAGGGAAUUAUGGAUUCAAUUCAGUUCCAUCACAUUCGUCUCUCAUUCAGUCUUUUUCAGUAGAGAGAGAACCACAGGACAGCAGUAGUAAUUACCCAGAUGACCCCUGGAGAAUAACUGAAGAGCAACGAGAAUAUUACAUCAACCAGUUCAAGUCUCUACAGCCUGACCUGAACUCUUUCAUCUCAGGUUCUGUGGCUAAGAACUUCUUCACAAAAUCUAAGCUGCCUAUCCCUGAACUUUCACACAUAUGGGAACUUAGUGAUGUAGACUGUGAUGGAGCAUUGACGUUAUCAGAGUUUUGUGCUGCCUUUCACCUUGUUGUUGCUCGGAAAAAUGGUUAUCUUUUGCCAGACACCUUGCCAGAGACUCUGCUGCCUGACUGUCUUCAAGCAGCUUCUCUUAAGGCUAAAAGUGAUCGUGUCUUGAAUUCUUAUUCUGAAUCAUUGGUAGCAAGUCAACAAACGAGGGACUUCAGUAGGACUGAACUUGAAACUGUCCGUGAAGAUCCAAACAACUCUGAGCCACUGAUUUUCUUUGAGACAACUUCUGUUGACCCAGAGACUUCACUUGAAGAGAUGCCAGAUAAAGCUGUCCUGACACAAGACACAGUUAAUGAUGACAAACAAGGUCUGAAAGUUAGUGCUUCUGCCCAAACGAUACAAAAGGAACUCAAAGCAUCUCAGCACUUGGCUGUCAAAACAGUUGCUCAGGAAUCGAACACUGUCAAAGCAAGACCAAGGUCCAGGUCUUAUUCUAGCACAUCUAUUGAAGAUGCAAUGAAAAAGGGGGGAGAACCACCAACUCCCCCACCAAGGCCACAGAAAUCACAUUCUAGAGCAUCCUCCUUAGAUCUAAAUAGAAUCUUCCAACAAAAUACACAAGUUAGGGCGGGUUGGCUGCCACCACCACCACCACCACCUGCUCUACCUCCUAGACCUUUUGUAUCACAGGUUUCUCAUCCUGUCACAAAUGCUGAAACUAAUGCUCAAAUCAACUCAAGCUACAUAGACUUUAGACUUCAAGAACAGAUGGAACAAGAGUCUAAGAUUGAAGUACAUUUGCCAGUGAACAGAGACUCAUCACAAGUGGAAGAAGAAAGCCCAGCAAAAAAGGAGGUUUUGCUUACUCAGCCACCAUCAAAACCAAUCCGCAGGAAAUUCCGACCUGAAAGCCAGACACUGGAGAACCAGGAACUUUCUCCCACGAAAAGUGUAGCUUCUUCCUUGCCUGCUAUCAAAUCCCACCAUUCAAUCCCAAAACAGUCUUCAAAACAGAAGAAAGCUAUCCAGACGGCUAUUCGUAAAAAUAAAGAAGCCAACCUAGUACUAGCUCGGUUGAACAGUGAACUUCAGCAACAGCUAAAGGAAGUUCAUAAAGAACGAACUGCGUUGGAAACUCAGUUGGAGCAUCUCAGACCUGUAACUGUCUUAUGAUAUUCUGUAACAGAAUUUUUGUUUUAAGUACCUAUAACUGCACAACAUACUGGCAGACACUUUUUUUAUUUUUUGCAAAGGCAACAUUGUUUGGAAAAAGUGACUGCCUUAUUUCUUUUGCAUUUCUUGCACCAGUUUACCUUGCAGAUGAAGAAGGUACACAAUCUGAAUGUCAAACCUUAUGCCUAGGAAAUCAAACUUGUCUCCCCACUGAUCUUUCAUGAAUGCCUCAGUCAAAUUCCAUCUCUCUCUUAUUACUAAUAUUUAUUCAAAGAAUUCCUGAUUUAUAUGCAUGGGGGAGGGCCGGGGAACAAUAUUUAAAUAGUACAUAUGUCUGGGAAAUUUGUUUAUAUUUAACUUCAUACUAUAUCAGAUAUCUGUGAUUUUUAAAGUCUCUCUAGUUUUACAGUAAAUUAAAGCAGCAUCUACAGAACUCUGUAGCCCCUUUGUACAGUAUCUUUUUUUCCUUUUCUUUUAACCAAUCAUCUUUAUAAUUACUGGUCAAUUCUGGGUGCAAUGCACAAACCCAGCUGUUAAUGUUGUUUUUUGGAACAUCCAGACACACACACACCCCUCCUUCUACAACAUACCCCUGUUGACUUCCUGCCUGUUUCCUCAAGGCUACAUCUUAGUACCUCUAUAGUAGUUGCUAAGCGUGUGCACAGCCCCCAAGAUUGUAUAUGUGUCUUUUAAAAAAAUCCAAUCGAUCUGUAAUUUGGCUCCUCCUGAGUCACUCUGUACAAAUUGAAGUUCUGUGUUUCCUCCUUUAUUAUAAUAGGGAAUCUAAAAACAGCUGUGACUCCCCCCCCCCCGCUUGGCCAGAGUGGAUUCAGUUCACAAGCACAGAAGCACCUCCAGUGUGUAUUAAGCCUGCCAAAUUACAGUCAAACAGACAUAGGUGCUUUUUGUGGGAAGUAAAAAGGAUUCACUGUCCUCCAUAAUCCCUUAAGGGGUGGGGAGAAGUGGAGGUUUGUCUCUUUCUAACCUUAAAAAAAUUAAGAGGUGGUUGAGUAAUGUGUAGUCUAGCUUGUACAUUGGUUUAAGCUUUGCAGCUUCUUUCCUAUGAUUGUUUGUGCCCCCCCGCCCCAUAGUCUUUACAGACCUCCAAUAUUAUGAAGCUGUGUAGAAUACUGCUUGCAGAGUUUUGAAGAGCUCUGAGUUGUUUUGUUUGCUGCUUGCAGAGCACUUUUUAAAAACUUAAAUGAAGUGUUUAACUUUGAAAAAAAAAACAAAUCCACUGCUAUGCUACAACAAAUAACAAUCCAGAGCUCUUCAGUGCUCCACAGGAAACAUUUUCUACAGCUUCACCUUGCAAAACCCAUGGACCUAGAGAAGCAUAGUGACAUUAUGCAGGAAAACACAGAGCUGCAUUGGCCCAGAAACAGAGACAGAGUGCUUUGUGAUUUUAUUGGAGCCCUGUUCCAACUCAAGUGGGGAUUGAUAUUGUGAAUUGACUCAGGGAGUAGGGGAGACCCCCAAAUCACCCGUAGUUAAUUGGGCGCACACAAAGCCAAUGUACACCCCUAGUAUUUCCCGUUGGUCCUAACCUGGAGCUGGAGGAUUGGUGGUAUGUUCCUUUGGCUAGAAACCUUUGUGAUUAUUCAAGACAAUUUUUUCAACAGCUUUGAUGGAUAUUGUAUUGCCCCUGGGCUAUGUGACGGUGUGGAUUAUAUGACUCCCUAUAGGCUUAGUUCAUACAGUUUAAUGGGGUUUGUCUGCCUGCACUGACACUUGGAUGCCUUAUCACUGGUAUUUAUGCAAGUUUUCCUUGCUGCAGCAGCAUGAAACCCAUAUGUAUUGGAAUGGCCACAGUUUAUACAGGGCAAACUCACAAUUGCAUGCUAUGCAGCGCCGAGACAUGCUGGGGCGAUGGUUACUUGUAUCAGCGCAACAGGGUUUCUGAACUCUGUCUCAUGUCUGCUUAGAUUACAACUUUUGUAUUUUACUGAUUAUCAAGUGAUGAAAAAAUUGAAUGCAAAAUUUAGAGACUCACUGCUUUUGGCAAUUAGAUAUUUUAGCUUAUUUCUUAAUUUGUCCUGCUUAUUAUAUCUUAGCAGUGGGUGGUAUCCACUGACUAACUAUGUGUCUUGGAAAAUAUUAACUUAUUUACUUUUUAGGUAGAAUUAUACUUCUUUUGUAUUCUGGUGAAUUGAAGUUAUAAUUGAAUUCCACAUAUUCUGUUAUCCUCUGUUUGACAUUAAUGGGUUUGGCUUCAUUAUUGUGGUGAUUGUUUUGGUCACCUCAGGAUUUAUUCUAACAUGCAGCUAGAUGCAUUGUGUGCAGCGUCAAAAAAAUUGUGCAGUGUGAAAUACGUUUUUGUGCAGUUGAGCACAUGGGAUUUAACAAGGAGCUAGGUAGUUACUAAAAAAGAAAUAGAUGAGAAAAAAUAGGAAGAAAUAGAAAAUGAAGAUAAAUACUGCUUCCUUUCAAAUCUUCAUAACUAUAUACUAAUAGUCAGUGGUUUUUUGGUAAAAAAAUGAGGUGACAGUACUCGUAUACUGGUAAAUGUACUGUGGGUGCCAGCACAAAAUGGCUGGCAUGGGCAGCAAAAAAAUAGGCACAGGUGCUCUGAAAUGGUGAGUAAUGUCACAAGAGAAGCCCUGCUAAUCGUAUAUUAUGGGACAAAUUAUUUGACUAGUUUGGGGGCAGGCAGUGUGCUGGCUGCUUGUGCAGUAGGAAAAAAAAGCUUAGAAUAGACCCUGGGUCACCUGUCCAAUUCAGUUAGCACACUUCAUUCCAAGGAAGUUCCAUUGACCAAGUAAGCCUACUUGGGAGUACACAUGCAUAAGCAUGCAUAGCUUUGUCCAGAUUACAUCCAAAUAUAAAGUACUCCUUGAUUUGCAUUCUGGGAUUGCAGUGGAGAAGCAGCAGGUAGGGAAAGCUUUUAACAAGUUGUAUAAACUUUCAGUUGUAAUUUCAUGCUUCUUGCAGAUCAUCUCAUAACAUAAUAUGCACAUUGUAUAACCUCCAAGAUGUGAUGAUGACCCCUGGCUUAGAUCAUUUUCAGAGUUGAUUAGACAAAUUAAUGGGAGGGAGGACUAUCGACAGCUGUUAACCAAUGUGGAGCCUCUCAUAUUCAGAUACAGUGUGCCACAGAGCGCCAGUUGGUGGUGGGGAACACCAGGAGAGGGCUAUUGCUUUGUGGAUAAACCUUUAGUUGGCUGCUAUUAAAAGCAGGAUAUGUAACUAGAUGGACUCCUUGCUGUGAUCUAGUAGGACUCUUCUUGCAUUGUAGUAUGACCCCACAUACCUUCAUUUAAAACAUUCCAAUCUCACUAUUCAUGUAUAGAAAGCGUAAUGUCAGGCUACAGAAAAUCCUGCCAAUUUUUUUCAGAUUCUCCGUUCCCAUACUAGCUCAACAAGAAUAUUCUCCAAGAACUUGUGCUGUAGUAUUCAUACAAUAAAAAUCACAGUAAUGUGUACAGAUGUUUGGCGGUAGCUCAGUGGUAAAGCACAUGCUUUGCUUUGCAGACAAAAGGUCCCAAGUUCAAUUUCUGCCAUCUCUAUGUAUGUCUGAAAAUUUAGAGAUCUGUUGCCAGCGUAGACAACACUAAGAUGAUGGACCAGUGGUCUGAUUUGAUAGAAGGAAGCAGCUUACCAAAGUUCGAACAUAUGCUUACGAAUUUCAGGCUAGUUUGUUGGCUUCUCCAUCUUAAUCUUCGGUUGCAAAAAUUGUGCAUCUUAUUUUGAUGCUGAAAUAUGCUGUGUGUGCUAACAAUAAAAAUAUGCUGUGUGUCCUCAGUUUUUUGAGGAUUGGAUUAUAGUGGCUUUUUAGCAAUAUGGUGUGUACAUAUUAAAGAUAAUUUGCAGUUUAUGUAAACCUGUUACAUAGCUAUAUGAUAUGAACACCAUAUAUGCAAAUAUAUUUAAAGUUGACUAGAAAUAGGAUGUCUUGACUAGCGUUUAUAAAAUGUUAUUUGAAAUUGGGAUCCUGAAGUCCAUAAUGACUUGUGAAUAUGUUAUGCUCUCCGCUUCCCCAAGCAGCAAGAUGUUCUGGGGUAGCGCUACCAGGUUAGUUCCCUGCAGAUACUGUGGGUUCUAUAUUAGCAUUGUUUACAGAUAUAUAAGCAUACCUUAACUGGAGGCAAAAAGGCACUCCUAAAAGGCAGCAGAUUUACUGCCCUAAAUGAGAGUGACUAAGAAACCCCUGCAUUUUAAGGUACUUCACCUUCAGCUAGCUUCCCAUUUCCUCUGUUUCUUUGUCUCUCUCUGACUCCAAAUGCAAACUGUCAAACCUUUUGUUACACUUGCUGAACUUGUCACCGCUCAUCUUGAACUCUAACCUGGUAAGUGAGUAGUUUUUACAGAAAUAAGUCAUUAAACAAAUAUAUGCUUUCUUUUGUCAAAUCCUGGAGUCUUAAUUGAGCAAAACCAUAGACCAUUAACAGUAAUUAGUUAUCAUGCAACUUUAUGAAGCUGUCAGGCACGUGGUCCAUCUAUCCCAGUUCUGUCUAAUCUGAUUGGUCCUUCUCAGUCUUGCAGCCUGAGAAUCUUUUAACUGGAGAUGCUAUUCGAGUAUGAACCUGGAACCUGAUUCAUUCAAAGCACAUGCUUAAAUAAUUAAUUAUGGCCAUGCCAUAGACACUGAUAUGUUUAAGAAAGCAUUAGUGAAGUGACCUUUUUUUGUAAAAAAAAGUUUGUUGUGGAAAUAUCUGCCAUUUAUACCAAAAUAUCAGUUUUUAACGCAUAUCUAGUAGUCUGGUUUUAAAGCUAAAAUUAGAUUCUAGUGGCAAGUGUUGUAUGUUUUUCUCUUCUCUCCUUUCCUUUAUCUGAAUGGUAUAUCAAAUGUUCCUCAUCAUUAGCAUGACUGUCCCUAUAUGUUCUGGAACACUAAUUUUAGCAUUCAGUGUUUAGUUUUAAAAAUUCUAUUUUAAAACUUACAUUGGAGAGAUUAUUUCUGCUAUUUAUAAAUGUUCCAGAUAACUAGAAUGGCAUGUUCAGAUAUUGUGUUGGAUACUACUUUAAGCACACUAGAAGACAAUAGUUCUCAUAACAAGCUUAUCUAUAUAAGAUCCAGAUUGCAUAGCCUUCUAAUGUUGCAGUAGACUCUACUGUAACUGAGCAGAACCUUAAUAUUCAUAUUAAUUCAAACUGGACUAUUCAUGUAUUAUUUUGCCAUUACUAAGAACAUUAUAUAAAAUCAUACAAUAAACAGUGUUAGAAGAGAAGUUGUUGCAGAUUAGUUCUCUGUAAACACCCGUUGCUCUUAUAGCUUUGUUGCUAUUGUAAACAAAUAAUUAAAUAUGGGAAAUACACAACAUAGAUAUUCUCUGUAUUGGACUGUUCUGGGGUUAGUUUUGAUCACAUAGGAAUGGGGUUUGCUCCUGACAAGUGAGUGUUUUGUAGACCAUGGAAGACAUUUUAUUUAAAACAGCAACUCCUCCAUUCUUGGAUAGCCUCAGAAAGGGAGUAACACUGCCAAACCUUUAUCAUUUUUAGCACAUGUGCAUACGCAUUCAGAAAUAAAUAUUUUGUGUGAUAAACACCUGAUUAAGAGAGACUGAUAAUGAGCCUAUGUAUUCUAUGAAAUAAGAGAGAAUUUAUUUUGUAAGAACAUUAUUACCCCAAGUGACUAAGAUGGGAAGAAAUUAUAUAUUUGAAGUUUUCCUUGUUCUAUUAUUUUGAUGAUACUGUGUUAAUAAACUUAUGU